CCCUAUUUUACCUGUUUUAGUAAACUUUAUUGCGCUUUAGUGGAAAUGGUGCACAAGGCACAGCAGUUGUGAAGAGUUUAUCUAGUAGUAUGGUGUACAAACCUAUGAAGCAAACAAACUCUUGGUUCAUCUUGCCGCUGAAUAUACGUGGGAAUGUUCUCAUGAUAUUUCCUUCACGCGCAGAUAUUUCCCAGUGCAUUUCCCACCGUGGCAAGCAAACGUGAGAGCUCGCACACAAGUAUGCAAAGGCCGGAAAUAAAUGCAUGACAUUGUCAACGCAUCCCCCAAUCCAGCCAUGCACCAUACUCCCUCCCAAAUAGCAUCCUCGCAGAAAGUCCGAGACAUCAGCAUAAGCCCAGACGGCGAACGCGUUCUCUAUCAAGUCCAGCAGUUCUACAAAUCAGCUGAUCGCGUCCUAGCUGAACUAUGGCUUGCACGGACAGACGUCGCUCACAGCGCUCGGCAAUUGACAAACGGAGAUUUUCACGACCGUGCAGGCGUAUUCCAUCCGUUUGACUCCAACGUGGUUGUUUUUCUCUCCGACAGAUGGGCUCCAGGGAAGGGAGGAAACAUCUACUCUUUAAGGCUGGCAGAAGACGAAGAGCCCAUGCCCUUGAUGGUGGAACCUAUGAAGAAGGGUGUGCAGCAAUUCCAGAUAUCGCCUGAUGGGAAGUACAUCGCCUUCACGUCUGCAGGCGACGGGCCCUCCCGAGGGGAUAGAGAUGAUGCAAGGAGGAUAGGGGAUAAGCGGGGGCUAUCGCAUCUUUUCCUGCUCAAUCCAAUUACAGGAGAGGUAUCAUCCAUAAGCCACAUAAGAAAGGAUCGGCAUGUCGAGAGCUUCACUUGGAGCCCAGAUAGCAAGGAAUUACUUUAUAGGUUACGGGAGGACAGAGGACCGGAGGCAGCCGAACGGGAAGUGUUGCUGGAAAGGGUGCCCAUUGUCUCUGAAGACGCGCCCGUGACGAUUAACGCGUAUCCCCGCUCGCCUUCUGGAUCGAAUAUAUGGCUCAGUUCAGGCCACAUUCUGACUCUGCAGAACCAUGAGGCAUCCAAUAUCCUCGAUGCACGAACGCUGUACGUUAGUCAAGGGGCGGACAAGAGGGCGUUGGUACGGAAGUUAUAUGGCGUGACAGAAGACGCUAUCCGGAUUGUCGAUAUGUCGAAUCACAGUGACCCUACUAGCAGUGGGAUGAUAGCUGUCGAAAUAGCCACCGACACUGACACACGGAUCGACAGACUUUCUUUUUCUGCAUCAAACGACGACGAAUAUGAAUUCCAUUCGCUUUUCUGCACACAGGACGAAGCCAUAUGGUUCGGGGCAUGGGACGCCAAAAGAGUACGCAGUGCGACAGGUGUCUCGUAUGUGUUUGCUGCGGUACUGAGCUCUGGCAUACGACACGAGGCACCGAAUGUGUGGUCUGUUCGCAUCGAUAGUGGGCAAAGGUACUGCGCGAAAAGCCUGUCAGGGCCGAGCAUAAGGAAACAGUUAUCGUCCCAUCUGCAGUGGCUUAUGGACGCACCUCAGGUAAAGACCGAAGUCAUUCGAUGGAAAAGCAAAGACGGUGUCGAACUUAGCGGCCUGGUAAGAUAUCCCCCGGGCAUUGACCAAAGGUGCGCUUGUGCUUUGCCAACCAUCCUAUUCUUGCAUGGAGGGCCAUACCGCCGAGACGUCCCAGAUUAUAUGCCCUACUUCUGUAAUUGGCGCGAGAUGCUCGCAUCCGCCGGGUACCUUGUAAUUUCGCCUAAUUACCGAGGAACUGAUCGCCGUAUUCAAGGCCAGGGAAAAGGUCAUGUUUUUGCACACGCCGCGGCUCGUGGUAUCGGUGUUUUCGAUUGGCCUGACUGCGAGAGCAUGGUGCAUGAGGUAGUCGCCCGCGGCCUUGCUAAUCCAGAUAGGCUAGCAGUAGCGGGAUGGAGUCAUGGUGGAUCACUGACGGCAUGGGGUGUCACGCAAACUAAGACCAUGUUCCAAGCAGCCAUUGUGGGGGCCGGCGUCUCCAACUGGGAGAGCAUGGUAAUGGAAGCUGCUUCGCCGGAGCUGGAGGGCGCGCUCGGGGGUAUUUCGCCCUGGAAGGGGCGAUUGAGAAAGGAAAGUCCUGUGCAACGAGUAGCUGGGGUGACCACUGCAGUUUUGAUUCUCCAUGGCGAAAAAGACGAGCGCGUUCCGCUUGGCCAAGGUAUAGGACUAUACAGAAGCUUGAAGAGAACCGACAGUCGCUGUAAGGACCGAGUGGAGAUGGUAAUAUAUCCAAGAGAACCCCACGGAUUUGUCGAAAGAAAGCACGCCGAGGAUGUAAUGCUCAGAGUAUUGGAGCAUCUUCGAAAGUGGUUGUAGUUUUUUUUUUGAUUUUUUAUCAAUAUUCUAAAAAACGAUCACGUGAAUUGAACACGGAGUCACGGACCGGGACCGUGGCGUCCAAACACGUGUAAAGUCUUCUGUCUGUUUGCGACCACCAUCCAC